AUGGCCUCGUCCGACGUCCACAUGACCGACGCAGGUGCGCAGACCAUUGACGCGACGCCGCAGGCUGGGCAGCACAUCAGCCACGAGGGGAAAAACUACACGACGAUCAAAGAAGGCCUGGCGCAUAUUCUUGUUCCUCAAGGCAUCCCCACGUCUACCGACCCAAAGCUGUCCAAGGAGGAAACUCAGAAGCAACAGGUCUUCUACAAUCCUAUCCAGCAGUUCAACCGCGAUUUGAGCGUACUUGCGAUCAAGACAUUCGGCCUAGACGCAAUACAGCGAAAAUUGAAGAAGCAUGAACAAUUCAAGAAGAAGAACGAGCGGAGACGGGAGCGGAUGCAAAAAGAGCGCGAGGCAGAAGAGGCUACAAAUGGUGUGAAUGGGGCGACUGAUACUUCUGGGGCCGACGACGCAUCAAUGAACAAGAGGAAGUUUGCAGAGGAAGAUAACGGGGAGGGCGCUGCCCCUCUCAAGAAGCAGAGGACAUGGCAAAAUCUUAAAAAGGAGCAGGAGCUGGACGAUGCAGCAGCUGAGGAGGAGGCUGCUGGUACAAACGGUGGACGGACACCCUGGAGACCACCCUUUAGCAUCCUCGACGCCCUGUCUGCGACCGGUCUUCGUGCCAUCCGAUAUGCAAAGGAGAUUCCCUUUGCGACCGCCAUCACAUCGAACGACAUGUUGCAGAAUGCCGUCGACUCCAUCAAGCUCAACGUCAAGCACAAUAAGCUCGAAGACAAAGUUACGGCCAACACAGGCAAUGCAAUAGCUUACAUGUACAGUUUCUGUGAUAAGAAGGGUUAUGAUACCAUCGACCUUGAUCCAUACGGCACCGCAGCUCCCUUCAUCGAUUCAGCCAUUCAAGCCAUCAACGACGACGGACUACUGUGUAUAACGUGCACUGAUUCUGCCAUCUUUGCAUCGCACGGCUACCUCGAGAAAACUUAUUCGCAAUACGGUGGACUGCCGUUCAAGGGUGAACCUUGCCAUGAAGGUGGAAUCCGUCUAGUCCUGCAUGCCAUCGCAUCUUCGGCUGCUCGAUACGGCAUGGCUAUAGAGCCGCUGCUGUCCCUUUCCAUCGACUACUACCUCCGAGUAUUUGUAAGAGUGCGAAAAGCCCCCACCGACGUCAAGCUGCUCGCCGGCAAGACCAUGCUCGUUUACCACUGCGAAAGCGGUUGCGGUGCAUGGACUACGCAAUUCCUUGCACGCAACAAGGUCACAAAAAAUAAGAAUGGCGACCCCAUGUACAAGCAUGGCUUUGCCCAGGGGCCAUCCGCGGACCAACAUUGCGAGCAUUGCGGCCACAAGACCCACCUGUCAGGACCAAUGUACGGCGGGCCGUUGCAUAAUGUCGGAUUCAUCGAAAGAGUACUAGCGCAACUGAAUGAAGUUGACCGUGAGACGUAUCCGACCAUGGAUCGCAUAGAAGGAAUGCUACACACAGCUCUGGAGGAGAUCACGUUUGGCACAAAGUUGGACAAGUCGAACGGGGCGCAAAAGACUCAGGUCCUAGACCCCCUCAUUCCGAAGUCCGAUCCUGCAGAGAUAGACCACCACCCAUUCUUUUUCAUCCCAAGUUCGGUAGCGAAGAUAGUUCACUGCUCUGCACCGCCGUUGGCGGCAAUCCGCGGAGCGUUGCGACACGCGGGGUUUAGAGUGACAAUGAGCCACUGUAAACCGGGCUCUAUCAAAACGGACGCAUCGUGGAGGGAUAUCUGGCACAUUAUGCUCGAAUGGACGCGGCAAAGAGCGCCGCUGAAGAAUCUGCCCAAGUCAGGAAGCGCAGGCCAUGCCAUCUUAGCCAAAUCAAGCGCGAGUGGGUAUACAAAAACGUCAACUGCCGGUACAGCACCUGCCCAAGUACCGGCCGAUCCGGCGCCUGGAGCGCAAAAUAACGCAGAAGAUGGCGGCCAUAUAUCGGCUACAACACCCGCAAAAGAUCUACCAGCUUACCUCAACACCAAGUUUGAAGUCAACUUUGACGAGAAGCUUGGCAAGGACCACGACAGGGGCAAAUACGUCCGUUACCAGCUCGCUCCAAGGGAGAAUUGGGGUCCGAUGUCGCGCGCGAAAUAA